AUGUCUGGCGGCAAUUUCCAAAGGCCGCGGGCCGAGACGGCUCCCACACUGGGAGCUGAUGAGAUUCCGAUCAUAUCAGAUGGGACAGAUGACGCGCCCAAUCUGCCUCGCGGUGCUCUACGAGUGCACUACACUCUCCGUGCCGACGACGAGCGCGCGGCGACCCUGCAGCCGCCGUCAGUCAAUACAACGGGCAUCACUCGCUCCGACACGGAGCUUCACCGUACCAGCUCAACCCCGACCACACAAGGUCUGCGCCGGCGGGGCAACAACAACAACAACAACACACUGCGCACCAUCGAGGACUUCGAGGACUACGAAGAGCGACCUGGCUGGCACCCUGGUGCCGAGCCUGGAGUCGAUGUCUCUAAGCCUGACGGCGGACACGCCUCGAUGCCAACGCUGCAGGCACCGUGUGAUAUCACCGUAGUAGACUUUUCGCGAGAGGACAUGGUCGUGCACCACCUUGACAAUGAGACCAUCGCCGACUUUCUGCAGACACCCGAACCUACCUGGUCCAAGUGUCGGUGGAUCAACGUCAAUGGGCUGAGCUGGGAUGUGAUCCAGGCGCUGGGCAGGAACAAAGGACUGCACAAGCUCGCGAUCGAAGACUUGAUGAACACCAGGAACAGGACCAAGACGGACUGUGAUGGCCACAGGUACUCGAACCACGCAUACAUGGUUCUCACCCUGCAGAAGCUUAUCCGGAGCGAGGAUUACAACUUUGAUUCAUCCGACUCCGAGAGUGAGAGUGACUCAGAUCAUGACGACAAAGGAUCCUCCAAGAGCCGGAGCAGUAACAGCUCCCGCUCUCGCCAUGGCAUUAUCAAACGCACCAGGAAGCUCUUCCGGCGAGCGAAAGCGAAGAAGUCCGCCCUUGAGUCCAAUCUCGAGAAUGGCACCCUCGAGAAGCACGGCGAGGCACCAUACAAGGUACGGCGCGAGACUUCAGCGUCCAACAAGGACUUAUUCAACUCGACCACACCCUUGUCGAAGCAAGUCAAACCUCGCACUCUGCAGCGCUACCAUGCCUCACCCAAUAGCGCACGCACUCUCUACAUGGAGCGGCACUCGGGACUGUCGUCGCGCGGGCUCGCCGUGGCAGCCGAGCAGGUCUCCAUCUUUAUCACCAACGACAAUACCAUCAUCUCCUUCUUCGAGAUGUCGGCUGACGACGUCGAAGCGCCCAUCUUGACUCGUCUGCAGACACACGACACCAUCCUGCGGCAGAGCUGCGACGCCAGCAUGAUUGGCCAGGCCAUCAUCGACGCCAUCAUCGACCUCGCCAUUCCUGUAGCCGCCUGCUAUGGCGACGUCAUCGGGGACCUGGAGCUUGACGUGCUCACGAGGCCUAACGUGGGCCAUACCAAGAGCCUCUACAUCACCAUCUGUGAGAUCAACAAGUUGCUGGCCUUCAUCAACCCUAUCCUCAACCUCAUAAAUGCCCUGCGCGACCACAAGACGGAGCUGUCUCUUAGCGACGGCCACGGCUCAUCCGUGCAGGACGAGACGCUCCGCAAUCCCCUGACAGGCGUCAUCAUCACGCCUAUGACGCACACUUACCUCGGCGACGUCGUCGACCACUGCGUCCUCAUCACCGAGCAGCUCGAGCAGAUCAAGAGCCAGGCCGAGGGCCUUAUUUCGCUCAUCUUUAACACCAUCUCGACCUUCCAGAACGAGUCUAUGAAGCAGCUGACGAUUGUCACCAUUAUCUUUCUGCCCCUGACCUUCCUGACUGGCUAUUUUGGCCAGAACUUUACACCCUUCGACGACCUAAACAAGGGAAUCUCGCACUUCUGGAAACUCGCAGGCCCCAUCAUCGUCGGCACCAUCCUCGUUCUCAUGCGCGACAUUAUCUACCAGUCGGCCAAGUCGGCGAUACAGCAUCGCCACAUAGUGUACCUGCGCAAGAACCGGUUGAGAGGCAUGCGGAAGAAGAGGUCAGCGCGGAGGUGA